AUGCUCAAUGUGGAUAAAUCAUCCUUAUUUUUAAGCCCAAAUGUCUCCGAUACGCUAGCUAGGGAAAUCAGUAUUAUGCUCAUAAUAUCUCCGACACUUGAUCCUGGCACAUAUCUGGGUCUGCCAUCUAUAUGGGGGAGAUCCAAAACUGCAGCUCUGAACUACAUUGUUGAUCGUAUCCAGAAAAAAGUCCAAGGAUGGAAGUCAAAAUUCUUAAAUCUUGCUGGAAAGGAGGUUUUGAUUAAGGCAGUGGCCUUGGCUAUGCCAAUGUACCCGAUGUCCUGCUUUAAAUUCCCUUCUACCACUUGCAAACAAAUUAAUGGUGUUCUUAGUAAGUUUUGGUGGAGUAAUGGUGAUUCCAAUGCUCACAGUCACUGGAAGAGGUGGGAGUGUUGGUGUAUAUGGAAUAAUCCUGACGCUUUUUGGGUGCAUGUCCUGAAAGCCAAGUAUUUCCCCGAUGGUGAUUUCCUUAAAGCUAGAAGGGGGCCUUGUCCUUCUUGGGCAUGGGCUAGCCUUUUGGAAGGUCGAAAGAUUAUGUCUGAUGGUGCCAUUUGGCAAAUUGGCAAUGGUUUGAAAGUGAAGAUCUGGAGGGACAACUGGCUGCAUCACAAAUCCAUCCUGCGUCCCAAGCCAACCAUCAUUGUUUCUGGUCCUAUUCCAACGUUGGUUAAUGAUCUUACUGAUCGUGAUUUGAGAGAAUGGAAUUUGGCUGGCAUUUCAAAUGUCAUUGAUCCUACUGUUGCAAAACUAAUUCGUGCCAUUCCUCUCCGUAAUCUUACUCGCAAAGAUACUUUGAUUUGGCCUUGGAAUAAAGAUGGCCUGUUUUCUGUUCAGAGUGGUUACCAUUGGGCAAUGGAAAAUUUGGAGGUUGUGUGUAGUGUGCCGGAACAUCACUCCCACCAAGUGGAAAAAAAACUAUGGAAAAUAAGGGCUAAUCCAGUUUGCUCUUUAUGUAACUCAAGUGACGAGUCUGCUGAACAUGCUAUUCUCCUGUGUCCUUGGACUGCUUGUGUUUGGUUUGGUAUCCCUUUAAACUACAGCGUGAAUGCACAAAGCGUAACUUCUUUUGACAGAUGGCUCUUGGGAGUUACUGCUUCCUUGGCUCUUUUAGAAGGGAGGAAUAAGGAAGUUCUUGUCUUGGUGGAUUCCUUAUGGGGGGAACUUUGUCCUACUUUGGAAGCUAUUACGUGUCCUACUCCCUCAGCUUCUCCUCCCCAUGCUCUCUGGAAGGCUCCUCCUCAACCUUAUGUUAAGGUAAACGUGGAUGGAGCAUGGCACAAGAACUCUCUGCAGGGCGGUGUGGGUUGCUGUCUGCAUGAUUCUGAGGGUAGAUUGUUGGCAGGUUUGAGUCAGGCUUGUAUCGGAAACUCUGCAAUCGAGGUGGAAGCUGAAGCUGUUUUGGAGGGGUUACUGUUAGCAAAAGAGGAAAACUGUCAGAAGAUUAUACUUGAAAGCGAUUCAAUGGAUGUUAUCUCUUGUAUGAGAAACGAAAAUCUGCGUGGCAACUGGAGAAUUAUCCCCUUCAUUUUGGAAAUCAGAAGGCUUUCUUCGUGGUUCAUCUCAAUUAAGUGGGAAUGGAUUUCUCGCCAAGCAAAUCAAGCUGCCCAUGCUGCAUCAGCUCUGUCAAACAUGAGGGUGCGAUCUAUGCAUUAG